AUGGCGCCGACAUGUUACACCCUUGGAGGGAGCAGACCUGAGGAGCAGCUGAGGUCGCAGAAACAAACCGCGCGGCCGCCGAGAUGCCAGCCGCGACGUUUAGAGCGGCGCCGCCAGCCACCGUCACCGUCCGUGCCGGGCGCCGCCGGGCCGCGCCGCCAGCUGCGCUCCCCAUCCCGCACGGCCUCAAUAGCCAGCAGCGGAGAGCCGCUGAAUGCUGGCACUCCUGCCCUCAGUGGUCGCAACAUCCUAGUGGCAGCCGACAACUCAGAGGAUUCCAAGUAUGCCCUGCAGUGGACAGUUCAGGAGCUGUACAGACCAGGCGAUGUCAUCACAGUGGCCCACUGCAUCCCGUACCUGCCAUUGGCAGGUGGCAUGUAUGCUGUACCAGAUGGCCGGCUUGCCAUGGUGGAUGUCGACCACCUGCUGGCGGGCGAGGAGCAGUAUCUGCUGGCAGAACAGCGAGCCCUGGAGCGCACCUGCGCCGACGCCUUCCAGCAGCAGCAGGUGGCGCACGUGGUGGACAUUAUGAGGGAGGAUCCCAUGGGCAGCGGCGACAAGGGCAGGAUUGCCGCUGCGAUGUGCCGCAAAGCAGAAGACCUUCAGGCAGCGGUCCUUGUGAUCGCAUCACAGGCCAAGAGCGGGCUGUCUGAGUUCCUGCUCGGCAGUGUGGCAGCGCACUGCGUGGCGCACAGCCAUCGCCCCGUGCUGGUGCUGCAUGCGCCCAAGCGCAAAGGCCCAACCCAGCCGGGCAUUCUGGGCCGGCUGGCGUCGGCCACCGCAACAGCUCUGGGGGGCAGUGCUGAGCCGCAGCAUGGGGCAGCGGCACUUGCCACUGAGGCGCACCAGCCGAGUGGACGCAACAUUGUGCUGGCAGUAGAUGACUCAGACGAGUCGGAGAAGGCGUGCAGCUUUGCGCUGAGCAACCUGUACCGCCCUGGGGACACCUUCCACAUGCUGCGCAUUAUCCCCACGCUGCCAUACCGUGCAGCACUAGGCGGCCAGCUGGAUAACCUCGUGUUUUACAAUACACCAGAGCCCCUGACCGAUGCCUUCAAGUCCGCCACGCAGAGAUAUGUGAAACAUCGCUUCGAGCCCAAGCUACAGGCGGCGGGGGUGCCCUUUCAAGUGGACAUCAUUGUGGAGCCGACCGACGAGAGCGUGUCCGGGGUGGGGGAGUCCAUCUGCAGCAAGGCCGACGAGCUGCAGGCGGCGGCGGUGGUUCUCGGCAGCCACAUGCACGGGGGGAUGCUUCAGUUCAUGCUCGGCAGCGUGGCAUCGUAUGUGGCCCUCCACUGCCGCGCCCCUGUUGCAGUCCUGCAUUGAUCAGGCACGACGCACAACUGGACAGUGGAUGCAGGCAUACGCCAUACAACCCCACACUGUGCAUGCACAGGCUAAUUUCUUGACGGUGGGGAGGCACAACCCUCUGACCUCCACUACCAUCUGAGACAUCUCAGAUGUGCAUGCUCAUUGGAUUGGCCACAGCACUACUUGUAGAGCAAAGUUUUGC